UCGACGCACAGCAGCGGAUAUUUUUAGGGGUUUGCCGUACUUUUGUUUUGAACGAUAAAAUCAACGGUAUGUGAUUGUUUUGAUUCAGUUGAAACGGGUUUCUAGCGGCAUUCGGUCGCAUGCAGUAGCAGUUCGCUAAUUGUGGCUAAGUGACUAAAUGGCUAAUGCAUAAAUUGCCAUACCAAAUACUCUGUGCGGUGUUGUGAUUAGUGUCUACAUACAAUAACAGCAUAAUUAAGUUUGGCAAAAUGAAGCAGACUGUGCGCGAAAAUCGCUAGAAAAACAUAUGUAUAUGUGUGUGUGUGUUUAAGAUUUCUUACAGCUGCUCGAAAUAGCUAAAAGUAUUGCAGUAAAUGCAUUAAAACAUGAAAAAUAACUGUGCUUGAAUUAAUAUUGAGCUCCUUACUCUAAAACUUCAGUACCAAAAUUGUACGCUAAAAAAAAUUUAUGAAAAAGUGUCUGAUUUUUGGUGGCUAAAGAUUGUCUCCUCCAACAUUUAACGAAUUUAAAUAUUAGGAAAACGUUUACUUGUGGAUUACGGCAAUUCCCUUGUGGCAUUCUCAGCAAUUCACUACUGAAUAAUUUAUUUGUUUUGCGACAGAAAUUUAUGAUGCCAAGGCUACAGUAAUUUCAGGCGGUUUCAAAAACAUCUCUAACUUUGACAUAUGAAAUACCAAUGGAUCUACUAAGAGGAGAGAAAGUAAAAGUAACUUAGCAAGCGCAACAGCAGUGAAGGAGUCUAAAAAUUUACGCCUAAAAUGGUCAAAGUAAUGAUUACAGAGAUACAAAGCGCAACGAAAUAAGCAGACAGCUAAAGUUAAGAAUUAUUAAACUUUUACGUAAUUAUUAUUGACCAUAACAAAAUUAUCAAAGGAGAAUACAGUGCAUGGUCGAGUUAGGAAGAAAUAUGAAUGCACAGCCAAACCAGAAAUACAACACUAAAUCUGCAAGCCUUGUAACAGAAACUAUAGCCGCCGUUAUGGCACCCAUUUUGGACACGAGCAAUGCAUCUUAUGCGGCUACAACUUACAACGUGGAUGCUGCAGCAACAACAGCGAUAACGCUACCCUAUUGGAGUAGUGAUGGCGGCGAGGAGGGCGGUGGCAGUAGUAGCUAUAGUGGACUUAGUGCGACAGCGGGCAGCGCUCACGCCUAUAAUGACACGCAGGCGGCAGAUUACAAUUCGAGCGAUUAUUAUGAGUAUCCGCCACCCUGUCUGUCCUUCGACGAGCCGGCGAAUGUAUCAUAUUGGAAUGUGACCUGCGAUAAUCCGUUGGAAUAUGGUCUACCUUUGUAUGGUUAUUGUAUGCCCUUUCUACUGGUCAUAACAGUGGCGGCGAAUUCGUUGAUUGUGCUGGUGCUGAGUAAGAAACACUUGGCCACACCCACAAAUUUAGUUUUAAGAGCCAUGGCGAUAUGUGAUAUGCUGACAGUGAUAUUUCCGGCGCCGGGACUCUGGUAUAUGUACACAUUCGGCAAUCAUUACAAGCCGUUGCAUCCGGUAUCGAUGUGCCUGGCAUAUUCUAUAUUUAACGAGCUUAUGCCCGCAGUUUGUCACACGGCGUCCAUUUGGCUAACCUUGGCGCUGGCUAUUCAAAG